AUGGCCGCAGCUAUGAAGUAACAAAAGUGAUUUUGAAAUUCCAAUCGAUAUAUUCACAUAAUCAUCGUAGUAAAUACGUCAAUGGCCUAACUUAUUUAUAGUCCAUCAUUCUUUUUAUUAGUCUGCCAAGAAUUUUGACGCAAAAGCGUGGUGAAUACCAAUUCAUACUUUUACACUUCCGUCUUGCACGUAAAAUUUUGUCGAGACGAAUUUUGAGUCAGUCGAAUAUUUAUUAUUUGAAAUGCAUCUUUUUGCACAAUUGGCUCUGUAAUACUUGCAGUUGUGCAAUAAGGUUAAUUGUGAAAAGUCAACAAACAGGCAGGUACUUUUCCAAGACUGUAAGAAUAUUUUGUGCAAAGAACAUGUCGCCCGGUGUUAACGAUGGUCCACGCAACACAGGCACACUCCCGAAAAGCAAUAGGAGAAAUGAUAGAAAUAGAGAACGGUCAGCUGCUAAUCAAUUUGCAAUCCGUUCUGCUUAUCAUGGACAUACACAGCACUCUAACAAUUUGUACCAACUGGAUUGGAAACCAGUCAGUGAACAAGAACACUUAAGGAUAACAAAAAACAGUAACACAAGAUCAAUUUCUUCAGUACCAUCUACAUCUUAUCAAGAUAUACCUGAAUUUGUAUCAUUUGGUGGUCGACGACCAUAUAAUUACAGUGCAGAAGAAUAUUCGCAUUGGCAAAAGAUGGUUCCUCCAACUGAUUCUCAAACACAAUCUCCUCCAAGACUCGAAGGAACAAAACCUUCAAAUGUUGAUAAAAUGCCUGAUAGGAGCCAAGUAGAAUCACGUUUAAAUCAAAUCAGAGAUUAUAUCAGAGUAACAUCAACUCUGAUGGAUUCACUUAAUCAGUCUAGUGAUCCACGUGCACAAGCUCAAAAUGAGAAGUUAAGUAGAAUGGUGGAGGAUCUUCAUGACAGUGAAAAAAAAUUAACUAAACUCUUGGAACAAUAUCAAAAUCAUGGGAUAUUUUGUGAGAAUAGUGAAAAUAGUAGGGAAGAUGGAGAAGAAAAUGGCGAUGUGAAUAGAGAAAUGCAACUACGUAAAAAGAUGGAAGAAUCACAAAGAAAACUUGCACAACUACAAGAACAUCAAGCUAGCUUGGUGGGAAUGCAAUUACGUGUUAGAGAAAGAUUAAAUGAAGCACGUCAAGCUCAACAAGCUCUUUUACAGCAAGAAAAUCAAAAUUCAAUUGGUUUAACAUUACCAUUACCUGUAAAUGUUGAACAACUUGAAAAUGAAACAGCUGCAUUGAGGGGAAAAUUGGCUCAACUUCAAACAAAGAAAAAAAAUAUGGACCAUCUUGUAGCAGAAUUACAAGCUGCAGAAUCUUUGUCUGAUAGGGGUAGCUGUAGUUCUGAUGGAGUUCCGGGAAGACGUUCAAGAAGAAGUUCUUCAAGGAAUUUUGGCAGAGACAAAGCUGCUGAAUUAGAAGCUAUGAAAGCACAACUUGUUCAUUUGAAAUCAUUAAUGGAAGAAGCGACAAAAGGGCAAUGUCUCGAUUCUAACUCUGAUCCUGAACCUGAAGUAGAUGUAAAUGGUGAAACUACAGCUAAUAUCGAUGGAAAUGAAGAUGAAAGUGGAACGAACAUUUCAUUUGAACGUCAAAGCGAUGCUGAUGAAACAAGUCAUGAAAAAAUCAGAAAUACCGGAGAAAGGCCAACCGUUGAAGAAAUUCAGGCAGUUACGCGGGAACUUCGAGAACAAUCAGCUUUGUUAAUGUCUACUAGAGCAGAAUUACAACGAAUAAAACAACCAUUAUCAACAAUGCAUUCUAAUUCUACAUCUGUCUUUCCGACAUCAACUCCUCCUCCAUCUCUUAUAGCGUCAACUAAUUCUGAGAAAAAGCAAAGUAAUAAUAAUAAUUAUGAAGUUCAAUCUGCUCAGGAAAGAAGACGUCAAAUUGAUGAUAUUGUGCGGAAGGAAUCAUCUAGUACUAACCGCGAUAUGGGAGGACCAAGUGAUUUAAAUAGUCAUAGAAGUUCUAGUUCACAUGUUAGUCAUACAGGUACUCCCGCUAAUAUUUGGCCAACUCCAACAACGAUAGGUGGAUCUAAUGAUCAAAGUGUAGAUGGUAUAUCCUCCGAAAAUUUAAUGGACAUUGGGCCCCAAACAACAGCAAUUGAGAAUGGAUUCAAUGGAAAUUGGUGGACAUAUCCACCGCCUCCGUUAAAUCAAUUACAACAUGGUUCAACAGAGUACUACCGACAGUUAUUACUAGGUUCUCAAGCACAACAACUUCAAAUGAUGGGAACUACAAUUCAACAAUGUUGUCAAUUAUUAUGGUCUCAACAACGUGAAUUACAAGCUAUGCGUACAGCUAUUAAUCAGUUACAAGUUCAUUUGAGACAAACGCAAUUACAGCAGCGGAACAAUAGCGAGAAUAACGAUGAAUAUUCUAAUUUAAGCCGCAAUAUUCAUCAUCUUGGUGAAACAUUAGAUUCUGCAUUACCACCAAGUUCAUCUUUGCCAAAUUUGGUAUCAUUGCCAAAUUCUUCACCUGCAUUAUCCCAUACUGGUGCAACAUCUUCUGUCAAUUCUCAACAUCAGCAACAACAAUUAAAUAACCAAGUUCCUCCUGGCAAUAGGGCAAACAACUACUGGGACAAUUUCAGAAGCUAUUCCAGACAAAACUUACUCUCAGGAAGUGCAAAAACUGUGACUGAUACUACUCCUGGAGCUAUUGCAAAUUCAACUUCAGGAAAUACUAUAUCAAGUGUUAAUACUUCUCUUAUCAAAGACAAACGUAAUCGGGAUCAAGGAGCUGAUAAUAUAUCUUUGCCUCCAUUAAGUGGAGUAGAAACGCAAUAUUCUUCAAAUUUGCAACUGCAGGCAAAUUUACAGCAACAAGAACGAGAGAAUAGUGUUAUGCGUAGUAAUAUUUUAACGAAUGAAAUGUCUCAACAACAAGUUGAUAAUCUUUGGGAAGAGACAAACUCAUCAUUUCGAUUACCAUCUGUAACAAAUGAUGAUAAUCCAUUUCAGAAUUUAAGCUUCGAAAUGAAAGAAGUAUUAAGUUCACUCAUCUCCGUAAAUAAAAAACGACCAGACUAUCUGAUUAUUAUAUUAAAGGAAAUUAAGGCAAUAAGUGAAGAUCACAGAUUGCGUCCUCGUUUAUGGAGAUCAUUGCGUGCUUUACAAGAUACACAAUCUUUAAGUAAUCCAUUGAAUGAAACAACUGAUCAAACUGCCAGUGAAAGCUGUCAAUCUAGUGACGAAGAUUCUGAGACAGAUGUAAUAUUAGGUUUAAGAGCAAAACAUUCUAUAGCAGAAUUAAUUUCAUCAUCUCAAGCCGGAAUUUCAUCUAUUUCACAUGUACCUCUAAUAGAUCAUUUAGACAUGCCAGGGACAUCUUCAGGUAAUUCUACAAGUACUUUGCCUUUAACAUCUUCCAUUAAACCAGGUUACAACGAAGAUUUGGCAGAAGCAGAUCAAUCAAGACCUGAAUCUUCUGGUAAUCAACAGCUUCCCGAAAAUGAAGAAGAGAGAGAAAGUCAAGGUGAAGCAGCUGGUCAAACUGAAUCUGCACAAGCUAGAUUUGAUGGUGAAGGAGAUUUGGAAAGUUUAGCUGCUAAAGCUGAAGAUGAGAGAAAUGAGGACAAUUCAAUGCUAUUUUGAUAUUGAAUUACAUUAAAAAAUAUUUUUAGUUGUAUACAUAAUAAUUGAACAUAUGUUUUAAGUUUAAUACAGAUUUUUUUUAAACUGAAUUAUACCGUGAAAAGCAUUAUAUCAUUUAACCCCUAGAUGGAAUUAUGAUCCUUUUGUAAAUUUAUUCAUUUACACAUUAAUUUAAAUAUUUUUUAAUGUUAAUAAUAUAUUAUACAAUUAUAAUAAAAAUUGUAAUUUAGAAAAGUAAGUAUUUAUUUUUUAUUAUAUGGUACAAUGUAAUGACAUGCAUAAGUGCAUAGUAAAUGUAUGCUUUGUGAACAAAUACAAAAAAUAUAAACAUUACAAAUGUUAUUUAAUUAUUUUAUUUAAUUUAAAAUUCUGUUUCAGUAUCAUCGUUACUAACCAGUUGCAAUCUAUGAAACUGGUACAUUGAACAUCCAUGUGUUUCAAAUAAAAUUUUCUCAUAUUCAAUAGUGUUUUCAAUUGCUUUAUUCUCACUAUUGAAUGAUUCUUGAUAAUUUGAAUUAUUUAAAAUAUUGUGAUUACCUGCUAUCCAACAGCAGUUUUCAUUUGUAAUCAUAGAUUCUUCCAUAUUGUUAUUAAUGUUUAAUGUUUCAGAUUCAUAAGACAUAGUAGUUGAUCCACAAUCCUUUGUACUCCCUGUAUCACCAAGUACAUAGUCCUUACCACCGCCAUCAAAAAAAGACCAAACUUACUAAGUGUCAUUAGUUUAUGAAAAAAUAUUAGCAUCCAUGCUUUCCAUUGCAUACCAUUAUCCAUGGUGCAGAAGAUGACAGGAUGCAUUAAGCUUCAAAAUAAAUUUAAUGCCAGGAUCGGAUGAAAAUCUCUCUCCGAAACUUUUUCAGUUGACAUGUAGAGUUGAGAUCGCUGCUGUGUCGUUUCCGAUUCCUGCGUUGAGGCACAUCCACAUCAUGAACUGCUCGUUGUACAACUUGUAGUUUUCCAUGAGCUUUUAACCGGUUCUGUACCGCUGCUUCUACAAUUGCGGAAUCAUUAUUCAAAUAGUCUGAUGCCAUUGAAUAAUCACAUCCGUCUUCAUCAGUUUCCAUCAUCGUAUCACAGGAACAGUAAUUAAACGUCGGAGGUUUCACAAUUUCGAUAUGCUCGAAUAUAACUUUAUGCUGAUUUUCUUUUUUACAAUGAGGUACGCAACUAUAAUACACGUUUGACGACAUGAACGAUGGAGCGACAGUUCCUGCGUUAUACAUAGCAUUACUUGUUACAGCCAUAAUUAUUCUUUUUUGUAACCGAUUUUCUAUAUUGCACCGAAUAGUAUAAAAGCACUUUAUUAUAUAUCACUCAGUAUCAGACGUUUAAUCACGAUAGAAACAAAUAGAAAACAUUGACUGAGAAAACGUUAACACUCUCCAAGUAACGAAUAACGAAUGUGGUUCGGGUUCGGGUCAGAAGCCGAGUCUGCUCGAGCAAUGAAUCGACAACGUUCGGCCUUUUUCGUAUGAUUUAGUUCGUUAUUUUAAAUCCCCAUCAACAUUCAACCCACGUAUGAAAAUUUAUAUCGUGUGCAUCAGAAUCUGACUCAAACUUUUAAAACUGCAUCUGAGUAAUAAAUUUAUUUUGAUUCUGAUUUUCAAAUAAUCGAAAUAAGAUGAGAUUAUUCUCGUUUCUGAAAAUUUACGGUUCCUCAUGAUAUUUAUCUUAUCCUAUGAGAUGAUCCUAUUGGUCAAUUUAAUGAACAAUUAAAUAUAAUGUUAAUAUAAUGAACAAUUAAAUAUAAUGUUAAUAUAAUGAACAAUUAAAAAUAUAUUAGUUAGGGACAGAUUAAGGAGAUUAGAGAAAAUGAAACAUUUAUGAAUCAUUGAAAACAUUCAUUUACUUUUUAACAUCUAAAUAAAUGCAAUUUUUUUUUUGAAGAAUUUAUAUCAUAAAAUCGAUUUUCAAAAUGAAUAUAUGCUUAGUUAGUACUAUAAAAUUUUUAUCAAAUUAAUAGAAAGAAAAAAUUUAGAACAUAAUUAGAAAGAUUUGAUAAAGAAAUUCAUAGAUUAAUCCUGCAAAAGCAUUUUUUUAUUUUUUGGAAAUUUGUUUGAUUAAUUAGUCAAUAAUUUUAACUAAUGACUGUAGAAACAAUCCCCUACUGACGAAAUGAUAAAACUGUUUUAUGUCGAAAUUAAAAAAUAUGAGUUUUACAUUUUUAUACGGUUAAUUUACAUUGUGCAUAUUUAUGUAUUUUAUAUGUAUGUAUUUUAUAUAUUUAUAUUUAUGUAUUUUAGAGCAUGAAAAGUUAUUUUUAUGUAUUUAUGUAUAGUUCACGAAAAAUUAAACAUUGUUUCAAUGAAAUUUUCGGAUCAUUCAAUAGAAUUUAAGAACCUUUAUUCAUGCAUUUUAAAUAAAAUAGACGAAAAAAGUUAAAAGUUUAAUACUGAAAAUGCAAUCAUAAAAAUUUAUAAAUUAAUUCUGAUUUUUGCAAAUGAAAAUUUAAUCAAUUCAUGGAUAUUGAAGCACUAGCGCCGCAUGGCGGUCAAGUGGUGGCACUAAUGUCGUCUUAUUAAAAUAAAAAAAAUUACCGGUUUAUAAAUCGAAGUUUUAAACAAUUUGGAAAUUCAAUUAAAAGUUUUAAUUGCUAGGAAUUCUUUCUAUACGAUAUUACUUUGAUUUUUUACGUAAUUAAUUAAUUAAUACACAAUUAGGAUAAAAUUCCCUAUUUGGACACACGGACGAGGUAUAUAGGAUAUUUCAUCCUAAUUCUGUGUAAUCAAUUAAUUACCUAAAAAAUCGAAAUAAUAUCAAAAAGAAUUCUUAAAAAUUAAAACUUUAAUUUAAUUUCCAAACUGUUCAGAACGGCUUUAGACUGAUAAUUCUGAUUUUUUAAUUUUAUAAAAAGAUUAGUUCUACCUUUCUACCACUAUGUGGCGCUAGUAUUUCCAACAUAGAAACAUUCAUGAAACAUUCAAUCAAAUUUUUAUUUGUAAAAAAAGAACUAAUUAUUAGGAUUAAUUCGUGAUCUUUCGUAAUUGCAUUUAUCUAAUUGAAGUUUUAAUUUUUUUUUGUUUUAUUUAUUUUAUAAAUUUCGAAAUGAAAUUUGAACUUUGUGCUGAUUUUGUAUAGUAUUUAUAAUAGAAAUAUUUUAUUGAAUCUGGUGAAGAUUAUUUUAGAGUAAAAUCGUUCAUUAUAAACAUGAAGAAGCUUAAGUACUCACAAAUUAUGUAAGUUAAAUUCAUUAAAUUAACAGAACAUAAAACUAAACCUUAAAAUUAAAACGUACUUUUUUGGUUUAAAUCACAGAUGAGGUAUAUGAAUAUACAUUGCAUGACCACGAAUUUUCACGACCAUGGUAAUAAGAUUGACAUAACCUUACCAUUUUCGUGU